CCUAAGUUUAUAUUCUUAGUACCCAAAACUAUGUCAGACAAACAUUUACAUGAUAACAUCUGCGCAGUUUCACUUCUAUUUUAAUCCAUUAAUUACAGGUGUUGAGACAGUUGCAAGGAAGAAAAAAGAAACACUGUUUACGAGAAAUGAGUCAACGUAACUCCACCUCUGUGUGUUUAGGUAAGUGCUGCUUACAAGAAGAGACACAUCCUGAGCUCAAGAGGCAAAAAGAAGACGUACGUUUGAGCUCUCUGGAUUAAAAAAAUGGAUUUCGUGCCAGAGGAGUGCGAGGACCUGUCUUGCCCGAUUUGCCGCAGCAUAUUCAACGAUCCUGUGAUGUUGUCGUGCAGCCACAGCUUCUGCGGCGUCUGCAUCGAGCAGUGGUGGAAUCUGAACGAGGAGGAGCAGGGCAACACGUGUCCCAUUUGCAGAGAGACGGAAACGAGAAGGUUCCCGAUCCGAAACCUGGCCCUGAGGAACGCCACGGAAGUUCUGGAGAGGUGGACGCAGACGAGGAGGGGGCUGGAGAAUGAGAGAAGAGAGAUGGAGAGAAGAGAGAUGGAGAGAAGAGAGAUGGAGAGAAGAGAGAUGGAGAGAAGAGAAGAGGAGGUCUGCAGCGUUCACUCCGAGAAGCUUCGGCUCUUCUGCCUUCGCGAUUUCGAACCGGCGUGUUUGGUGUGCAGAGACUCCAAAGAUCACGAGUACCACCCCUUCAGGCCCGUCGCCGAAGCUGCCAAGAGCCUGAGAAGAAAACUGGAGGAAGAUCUGAAGCCGCUGAUGAAGAAACUAGAUCUCCGCCAAGAGUUUCAAAACAGCGGAGAGCUCAGUUUGAUUCAUAUUAAACAGCAGGCGAGUCAGACAAAGAAGAUCAUCCGCGAGGAGUUUAAGAAGUUCCACGAGUUUCUGGUGAAGGAAGAGGAGAAGCGAUUGAAGGUUCUGAUUGACGAAGAGGAGCAGAAGACUCGGAGGAUGAAGGACAAGAUGGAGGCUGUGAGCAGAGAGAUUGAAGCUCUGUCAGAAACCAUCAGAGCCACAGAGGAGCAGCUGAGAGCCACAGACGUCUCCUUCCUGCUCCAAUACAAGGCUGCAGUGGAGAGAGUGCAGCGCUGCCCCCUGCUGGAGGAACCACAGCUGGGCCCAGGAACUCUGAUAGACCAGGCCAAACACCUGGGCAACCUGGCCUUCCACAUCUGGACCAGCAUGAAGACCAUGGUGCACUUCUCUCCGGUCAUACUGGAUCCAAACACGGCUCACCCCGAACUGGUCCUGUUUGAAGACCUGACCAGCUUCACUCUCGGCGACGAGCAGAAACUUCCGCCGAACCCAGAGCGGAUUCGUUUGGACGUCGAAACGGUUCGCGGUUCCGUCGGGUUCGAGUCUGGAUCUCACAGCUGGGACGUUCACGUGGGGGACUGCGAGGACUGGGAGCUGGGCGUGGUCACGGACUCGGCCUACUACAUCCUGGACUUUGAGGAGGUGGAGAAGGACACGGGCUGGUGGUCUCUGUCCUACAAGAGCGGGGAGUACAAAACGUUCACGGCGCAGAAGGGGGAAGGGGCUCCUCUGAAGGUCCGGACGAGCCCCCACAGGGUCAGGCUCCACCUCGAAUGUGACAGACGCAAACUGACCUUUUACGACGGCGAUACCAACAAGGUGAUCCACACCUUCACCCAGAUCCACCACCAGAAGCUCUUCCCCGUGUUUGUGAGCGGCAGCGAGGAGCCGAUCACCAUCCUGCCCAAAAAAAUGACAAACCUGGAGAAAUUAUUUGAAUAA